AUUGAUCAUUUGUCCAACACUUGCAGCUGUCCUGAGAAGGCAUCUUUCUCAUGAUCGAUGGCAUCACAAGAGAAAAUCAAGCUGGUUCUGCUGGCAUGUGGCUCCUUCAACCCCAUCACAAAUAUGCAUCUGCGAAUGUUCGAACUGGCUCGCGAUCACCUUGAGGACACUGGAAGAUACAAAGUGGUGAAAGGCAUAAUCUCUCCAGUUGGAGAUGGCUAUAAAAAGAAAGGCCUGAUUGAAGCCUGUCAUCGCUUGGAGAUGGCUAGACUGGCCACGGAGAGCUCUGAAUGGAUCACGGUGGAUGACUGGGAGAGUCAACAGCCUGAGUGGGUGGAGACGGCCAAAGUUGUUCGGCAUCAUCAUGCAGUUCUUUCCAGCGAGAAUAGCAGCAACGGUGAUAAUGUGGAUACUGGGAAGUAUAGGAAGAGGAGAAAGAUGGAGAAAAAGAGCCCUUCUUGUAUGAACCCAAAAGCAGACCAUUCUCAUCUGAAUCUGCUGUGCGGUGCUGAUGUGCUGGAGUCGUUUGGUGUCCCGAACCUCUGGAAGCCUGAAGACAUUGAGGAGAUUGUGGGCCGCUACGGCGUGACCUGCAUCACCAGAUGUGGCAGCGAUGCAGAAAAGUUCAUCAACCAGUCGGACGUCCUGUACAAACACCGAAAGAACAUCAGUGUGGUUCGAGAAUGGGUGACCAAUGAGAUCUCAGCCACACACAUACGUCGUGCCCUGCGCAGGGGUCAAAGUGUGCGCUACCUGCUGCCUGACUCAGUGGUUCGCUACAUUCAGGAUCACAGUCUGUACAGUGCUGAGAGCGAACAGAAGAACGCAGGCGUCAUUCUCGCUCCUCUGCAGAGAUACACCAACACUGAGUAAAGCUGCUUCUGGAACUUUGACAGAAGAACGUUGCACAGAAGAUAGUCCAUUUUGCUUCCUUGAACUGUUCUGAUUGUAAUGAAUGAAUAAUACAUGAUAAGUGCUGUGAAAUUGUUUUUGCAUUUUAAUGUGUUAAGUUCUUUUUUAAAUAAAGAGAUUGAUACAUUCA